AUGCUCGCCUUCGAUGUUACCGUCGGCAACGGUGAUAGCAAGAGUGGCGACCUCCAACCACCCACCGCCCAAUAUGGAAAUGAAAGCGAAAUCGAAUCGAAGCACGCAAAUUGUGCCUACGCCUGCCACACCUCCAACCCAAACAAAACAGAAGGCAAAACUUGCUCUGCGCUACUUGUUGGCUCGAUGCUGCUCCGGCUCGCAUUGCUGAUGGCAUUAAGCUUUGGCCUUGGCCAAGCUGUGCUCAGUGGCAAAGAUUUGAAGCGACGAGAGGCCGGCUUUGACAGUUACGGACCGCCACCAAGGCCAGCACCACAGUAUGGCCCACCGCCACCACACCAUAUACCACACCGGGAGUAUGGCGUACCACAGCAGAUUCCAUUCCGCGAGUACGGCCCACCAGCCUUAAAGUAUGGCCCACCUAAACUUAACUUUUUGGGCGGUGGAGGUGGUGGUGGUGGUGGUGGUGGUGGUGGUGGGGGUGGCUCAUCGUUCUCGGGUGGCUUGUAUGAGCAGAUCAAGACACACUUUGGAGUUCCUAAGCCAUUUUAUGGACCACCUCAUAUACACCAUAAGCCAGCACCGGAAUAUGGGCCACCACCACCGAAGCCAGUGUAUGGCCCACCUGCACCACAGUAUGGACCACCGCCACAGCCUGCACCGCAGUACGGUCCACCACCUGAAAAGUAUGGACCGCCGCCACCACUGAAGCUACAGCAUCGUCCGUCACCACAGUACGGACCGCCACCACAUUACGGACCGCCACCACAGAAACCACAUUUUCCUCAGCCACUGCCUGCACCACAUCCUGCCCAACUAUUCAAGCCAGCCCAUCAGCCAGCCACUUCCUACGGCCCACCCGCCUCGGGACCCUUGAACCUGCCACCUAAGCCUGUCUACGAUACCCCACCCAACUAUGGCCCACCACCUCUGCCCAUUAAUCUGCCCGGCCCGCAUCCGGCGAACUUCAACCGGGCGCCCGAGACUACCAUCAUAUUGUCUGGUCCCGGUGGUCAGCAGCUACCCAGUGGUCCGGGUGGACCGCCGCCCUUCAAGCAAGUGCAGAUCCAGAUCGAUGCCUCUGGACACACACACAGCGUGAGUGGCUCCCAGGCACCAUUCCACACAGCCUGCGAUGGCUGGAAACCGAUUCCAGCUCCGAUCGGUGCCUACAUUGAACAGAACCACAUCGAGACCCAGGGCGGCUACAGCAACGUCAAUCAGGGUCAGGGCCACAGUCACAGUCAGGCACACAGUCAGAGUCAUGGUCAGAUCCUCGGCACCCAGUACAAUGUGGGUGGAGGCGGCACGGGCGGUGGCAGCAUUGUUGAUGGACUCACCGACGAACAGCUGGUUGCCGUUGCUCUGCAGAGUGAUGGUGGAAACUUGAUCACUGGUCCCGGCGGCGAUGCUCAUUUCAACAACAACAACCACAUUGACUCCGACGCUUUACAGAUCUCCGUCGGUGCCAUUGAAGACAGCUAUUCCAAGCCGCCAGCUGAUUCGUUUGCGCCUGGUUCCGUGCAUGCUCACAAAUACCAGACUAUUGGUGGUGGUGGUCAGCCACCACUGCAGGCACCACCCGGACCCAACUAUGGUCCACCACCGCCACCGCAGCCACAUUUUGCCGCUUUGACAAGUAGCCAUGCCCAGUCGCAGGCGCAUUCGCAGUCGCAUUCCAACGUUAACAUCCAAUAUGGACCACCCUCUGGAAAUCCACCGCCAUUCGCACGUCCUGGUGCUGGACAUCCCAGCAAGCCCGUCGCUUAUCGUCCGCCCGUGCCAAACGGUCUGUUGGAGUCGAUUGGCGCCACCGUUCAGCAUCUGGAUCAAUUUGGCGUUAAGCCAGCGCAACAACCACCCACUUACAUUCCACCAGCCGCCCAUGAAAUUGCCUUGAGUGGUCCACCCACUGCUCCGCAAGCUAUCUACGGAACGCCUCUAAAUCGUCCAGGUCCGCCGCCGCCACAGAUCAUUGUCCAGCAGCAACUGCCGCAGCCGCAGCACGGACCAGCGUUCAUUCAUCAGAAGCCUGGACAAGGGCAGCAGUUCGGUCCUCCAGGUCCUGGUCCACAGCCUAACUACUUACCACCACCACCACCAUCACCACAGCAGCAAUAUCUCCUACCUCGACCACCACCACACAUUCAACUGCAGCAGCAACAGCACCAGCAACAUCAUCAACAACACUUGGAGAACAGUUUCAGUUCGUCGCAGUACACGCAACAGUUUGUCCACUCGCAGGGACUUCCUUUGGCACACCAGGCACCGAGAUUUAAUCAACAACCAGGCCUGGCACCACCACCGCAACCCCACCAGCAGCAACAGACGAUUGUUGUGCACGAUUGCGGCCAUGGUCCCAAUUUGGUAAGCAGCACUGGCUACCAAGUGCAACAUCAACAACACCAGCAGCAGCAGCAACAACAAUUUGGCAGCAUCUCGGCGUCAUCUCCGGGCGCAUACAAUGCCAUCGCACAGAGCAUUCCAGUCGCUGAGCAGCAUACACAGUUUGUGACCAGGCCCAGUGACAGUUAUGGUCCACCACCCUCGGGCAACGAAAUUGAUUUCGAUCACUCCGGCUACGCCUCACAGAAGUCGUCAGUGUCUGCACUACCCGACGGAACCGAUCCGCAUGAGCUGCCGGGACUGGAUGGUUUGAAUGUGAUCUCGGCACAAAAAUCUCAGAGCAUUCAGUUGGGAGCAACCGAUGGCCAGCCGAUGCAGAACUUUCAGGUACAGUUUGGUAGCUCGCUAAACAAUGCGGGUGUUGGCGGUGCUGGCAGCAAUCUACACAGUGGUGCAGCCAGCGGUGAGCCAGUUGCCAAUCACGAGGAGAUCUUGUCACAGGGUCUAUUGCAAUCCAUACUAACGGCCAUUGAGCAGCCACAGUCAUCGUCGUCAUCUCUGCCACAGAAUCAUAAGGCGCAGAGUCGUUCCGAUGACACGCAACAUGACGAUCAGAAGGUGGACCCGCAGCAAGUGGACGAUGAAGACGUGCAUGAAGAGCAUGAACAGGAACAUGGCGCCUCCAAUCGUGUGGAGGUGCGCGUCUUACCCGAUGCGGAAGGCAAGGGGGAGGAGCAGUCCGGCAAGCAGCUGGAGCCCAUUGUCGCUGCCGAGGUGGAGGAGGAGGAGGCCAAGCAUUAAGUUCAGUCACUACUCAUAUAAGUAGCCAUCGCUUGCAAUUUAAAACUAAACAGUCCAUU